AAAAUUAUUUUUUGUUUAAAGAUUAUAUUUAAUUUAGCUUAUAAAAAAUGACGCUACAAUGUCGUACCUGUGGAAACGUUAUUUAUAAUAUGAACGCUAAAAAUCUAUUCCUGACUGAAAACGCUGAUGUCUUAAUGAAUAUUGAAAUUGUGGCUGGAACUGCACUAAAAAAAUGCCCUGAGCUUCCAUCUCACAUAUGCGGUUGUUGUCUUCUUGACCUGAAGAAAGCCGUCGUCCAUAUGAAAGUAUUCCGGGAACGCUGUAUAAAGACGCAGCAGCAGCUGCUAAGCACCAAAACCCUAGUCGAAAAUUCGUCGAAAGGGGAUAUGGAACUAAAAAGUGAUUAUAAUAUUAAUCAGGAAACCAUGUCAAAUUACGAGGAGCUACCCAUCGAAAUUGAUAGACUAGAAGAGGAUUUCGAUGAUGACGAUGAUGAGAUUAUUGACGCUUUUGAAGAUACUAUUUCAAGAGAUAAGGAAGGUCCCACGGAGGAUGCCGACUGCGUAAUAGCAAGCGCUCAAAAUGAAAUGCACAGUAUAUGCGAAUUAAGCAGUGACAGUCAAGAGACGAUCGAAGAGCUUCAGAAAUUUUCAGAUAAUGAAUCAAUCCAAAAUAUUAGUAGCUGCAGUGACAUAAGUAAAUCUAUUAGUAUCAGAGUCAGUCCACCUACAACAUUCACCGAUCAUCCACUUAACAAUGAUUAUUCAAAUGGAGAUUCAAAUAAGAAAAUACUUAAGAAAAAUUUAAAUAGAAACAAUUUAAAUUGUAAAACGAUAACUGUUAAAACGAAAAAGACUUACAUCAGCUGGAAGAAUCUGACAGAGGAGCAAAUUAUUGCUCGGCGGCGGAAACAGAGGCUUCGGGACUGCAUUUGUGAUCAGUGUGGCAGGCAUUUCACGGAUCAAAGUAAUUUCAAACUGCAUAUGCUGCGACACUCCGGCAUCAAAAACUUCAAAUGUAAAGAAUGCAGUAAACUAUUCUAUACCGAUCACUUGCUACAGCUACAUGAACGGACCGUGCAUCGUGGAGAGCGACCAUAUGCUUGCAAAUACUGCGAUAAAACUUUUAAUAGCAGCACAACUCGUGUAAUGCAUGAACGUUCCCAUACGAAUGUGCGUCCGUACUCUUGCGAAUAUUGCGAUAAAUCAUUUAUUUCUGCUUCUGCACUUAAGAGACAUGAUCUAACACACAACGGCGUGAGAGCAUUUUACUGUAGUAUAUGCGACAAAACAUUUCAAAGAAAUACUCAUUUAAAGGCUCAUUUGCGUUCCAAGCUCCAUGAAAUGAAUGAAAGAAGACAAUAUUAAUUUAUUACA